CGCCAAGGGACCCGUGUCUCUUUUCUGGGGGGUGGGGGAGCCUUCCGGGUCGUGCCAUGUUGAGAAAAGCAACAGGUAAUGGAGGACUUGAGGGGAUUUGUGCCCCGCUUUCGUUUUCGCUGUCCGUAGAGGAGGCAGAGCUGCCCUGUGUGCCGCAGUGCAGCUCUGGGCUCCUCAGCACAAGAGAGAGGUAGAGGUCCAGUGGAGGGCUGUGAAAGAUGAUUACUGGACUGAAAUAUCUCUCUUAUGAGGAGAAGGCUGAGGGAGUUGGACCUGUUCAACUUCGGGAAAAGACUGCUGAAAGGGGACCUCAAUCUGCGUAAGUGUUUAAAGGGAGGGUGUCAAGAGGCUGGACCAGGCUCGCGUUGGUGGUGCCGAGCAGUAAGACUGGAAGCAACGGGCAGAAACUGAUGUUCAGGAUGUUCCACCCGAACACGAGGAGAAAUAUCUUUGCUGUGCAGGUGAACAUGAGCUGGAACAGAUUUCCCGGAGAGGCUGUGGAGUCUUUCUUACUGGAGAUAUUCAGAAACUGCCUGGACACAAUGCUGUGCUAUGUGCUGUGGGAGCACCAUGCCUAAGCAGGGAGGUUGGACCAGAUGUUCAACCUGUGAACACUAUGAACCUAUGAAUGCUAUGUUCACUUCCAGCCUUACCCUUUCUGUCAUCCUCUGGGUCAGGCACUGCUUCUCCAGUGUUUGAUGGGAUGGUAUAGGCUUCUUAUGUACUGGCUGCAAAUGUGUUAGGAGAGGAGUUGUCAACGUCAGACAUACAGUCUAACAUAGAACAUCUGGCUCAGAUAGUCCCAGAAAUGUAGAGUGCUCCUCCCAGAAAUGUAGAGUGCUCCACUCUUGUGUCUUGAGACUGGGCUUCUGACUUCAGCCCUCUGUCAUACCUCCCUUUAACUUCUGUUUGUCUGCUGUAAACCAAGUUGUCACUCCCGAAGUUAAUGUUACUGAAAUUCCCUUAGAAACCUCCUCCCCUCAGCAUCCCCCUCACUGGUUCUAUGACCUGGAUAUUAAUUUGUAAUUUCAUUGGUAUUUUUGUGACUGUUAAAUGUAGUGUGCUAUACAUCAGCUAAAGACCUCAACUGUUUUCUUCCUCUCCUUACCAUAACUGGUGUUCAUCCUGCAGUAGUACUCAUGGGUAAGAGAAAGGAAGAAAGUGUUCUAACUCCUGGGUCCCAGAAAAGGCAGAGAAAAGAACACACAGCUAUACAUAGUGAUGAGUCUGAUGAAGAAACUUUAGAGUUCUCAGCUAGUAGCGGUGCCCUGUCACAGGCGUCUGACGGUGAGGUUGGGAUAAUUGAAAGUAUCCAGCUGAAGAACUUCAUGUGCCAUUCAAAUCUGGGGCCUUUUCAGUUCGGAUCAAAUCUCAAUUUUGUUGUUGGAACCAAUGGAAGUGGAAAAAGUUCUGUAUUAACAGCACUAAUUGUUGGACUUGGUGGAAAAGCCACUGCAACUAACAGAGGUUCCUCAUUAAAAAUGUUUAUUCAAAAAGGAGAGACCUCUGCAGAUAUUUCCAUUACUUUGCGAAACCAAGGAAGAGAUGCUUUUAAACCAGAAUUGUAUGGUACCUCUAUUACUGUGAAUCAGCACAUUAAUCAGGAUGGAAGCAGAACUUGCAAACUGAAAAGCAAAUCUGGCACCAUAAUUUCUUCAAAGAAAGAGGAACUCAUAGGAAUACUGGAUCACUUUAAUAUACAGGUAGAUAAUCCUGUGUCUGUUUUAACCCAAGAGAUGAGUAAACAGUUUUUACAGACCAAAAAUGAAGGGGACAAGUACAAGUUUUUUAUGAAGGCAACUCAGCUGGAACAAAUGAAAGAAGAUUAUUCAUUUAUUGGGAAAACUAAAAAAAAUACCCGUGUUCAGAUAGAACAAGGGGAAGAGCGUCUUGAAGAACUUAAGCAGCUUUAUUUGGAAAAGAAGGAAUCUUUCAAAAGCAUCACGUUUGUGAAUGACAUGCAAACUCGUCUCAAAGAUUUGAAACAUCAAAUGGCGUGGGCAGUGGUGAGUGAGAUGGAAAAAGAAGUAGAGCUGCUCAAAGAAGGUGUCAGAGCUGAAGAAGGAAAUACAGAGCUCCUUCAGAAGGUCGAAGAAUGCCAGGAAAAAGUGAAUGAAGCAGAAAAAAAGUACAAAGCAAUACAAGACAAAUUGAUAACAGUAAGUGAAGAAGCACAAGGCCUUCAUCCUCAGUGUAUUUCUUUGAAGGCUGAAGUGCAGGCAAAAAGAAAAGCAGUCAAUGAAGCUGAGAUCAUUUAUAAUCGCUCCAAAACGGAGUUAAAACGUCUGGAAAAAGACAGGGAACAGCUCCAUAAGCAAAUUGAAGAACUGAAAAGCUGUGCUAAUCAGGUUUCAGAGCCUGAGAAAUUGGAAAGACAGAGGAGAAUUGCAUACUUAAGGGAACAGUUGAAGGCAUUCCAUGAUGAAGAAGUAAUGAUUGGUCAGCAGUUGGAUCAGUUUCAGCAGGCUAUAUCUAAGUGUAGGGAAGAUCAUUCUAGACUCAGGAGAGAAAGCAGUGAAGUGCAGCAAGCACUGGAUGCCCACCAGAAACAGCUGAGAGACCUGAAAGACAGUAAAACAAACGCUUUGAAAAGAUUUGGACCAUAUGUACCAGCAUUUCUUGAAGCAGUUGAAGUAGCCCAUAAACAAGGACAAUUUAGAAAGAAACCUCUUGGACCUUUAGGUGCUUUGAUUCAUCCAAAAGAUCCUGAACUGAUCUUGGCUAUUGAAUGCUGUUUAAAAAGCUCUCUUCAGGCAUUUUGCUGUGAUAAUCACAGCGAUGAAAGAACUCUUCAGUCACUGAUGUCAAAAUAUUAUCCACGUGGACAUAGACCUCAGAUAAUUGUAAAUAAAUUUCAGAAUAAAAUUUAUGAUACUAGUCAGAGAGCUGUUCAUCAUCCAGAAUUCCCAACAGUUCUGACAGCAUUGGAAAUAGAAAAUCCAGUGGUUGCCAAUUGUUUGAUUGAUAUGAGGGGUAUAGAAACAGUCCUGCUGAUUAAAGAUAGCCGUAGGGCUCGUGAGAUAAUGCAGUGCAAUCGGCCCCCGAGAAACUGUAGAGAAGCUUUCACUGCUGAAGGUGAUCAAGUGUUUGAACGACGCUAUUACUCUUCCAGUUUUGUCAGACCCAAGUUCCUAAGUCAAGAUGUUGAGGCAGAAAUCAGUCACUUGAAUAAGGAAAUUGAAAACAAACGGGCACAGUUGACAGCCUCUCAGCAACGCUUACAUUCCAUUGAAAAUGAGAUCAGGCAGAAUGAAGAUCAUCUCUAUGGUCAUCGGCGACACCAAAAACAGCUACAGGCAAAAAUAAAAACAGCAAAUGCAGAGAUAGCAGAUCUUGAAAAUGUGGAAGAGCACCAGUCAGCGGACAUCCAUAUAUUACAAGAAGAAGCUGAAGAAAAUAAGGGUAGGAUAGAAUCUGUGAAACAAGACAUGCAGCUACAAAGCAGAGAAAUGGAAGAACUGAAAAAUAAUCUCCAAGCAGCUGAAAAAAAAUUAGAAGAGGUGAAAGAAAAAAUUCUUCAAGUGGAAGAAAUUGCUGGCCCAAUUAAGGCUGAAUUAAACCAGGCUGAGUCAGAAGUGGAAAACAGUAAACGCCAUUUGCAGCACUAUGAGGAGAAACAGAGAGAACACGUGGCUUGCAUAAAUAAGCACAAAAAUUUACUAGUUUCCAAAGAAAAGGAAUUAGAGGAAAAAACAGCAAAAGCAAGGCAAAUCUUCUCGGAGCCCAUCAGGGUCAGCAGAACUGUUAAAAGUCUUGAUGCAGAAAUGAAUCGCUUGAGAGAGAAGAUAAAUUUAGAAAGCAGUCACCGUGGAAACAGAGAAGAAAUAAUCCAGCAGUUUCAGCAUGCAAAGGAAAGGUACGAGGAUGCCAGCAAUAAAGUAAAGAACUUACGGAGAUUUAUUGGGGUGCUGGAUGAAGUGAUGGCAGAGAGGCUCAAAGUGUAUCGGCAGUUCUUAAGGAGCCUUUCUAUGCGAUGCAAACUCCACUUUGAGCAUUUAUUACGUGUUCGAGGUUGCUCUGGACAUAUAAUGUUUGAUCACAAGAAUGAGACACUUUCCAUAACAGUUCAGCCUCGAGAGGAAGAAAGAGCUGCCCGUAGUGAUCUGAGAUCCUUAUCAGGAGGUGAACGUUCCUUCUCCACAGUUUGUUUCAUUCUUUCUCUGUGGAACAUUUCUGAAUCUCCUUUCAGAUGCAUGGAUGAAUUUGAUGUCUACAUGGAUAUGGUUAACAGAAGAAUUGCCAUCGACAUGAUUCUGGAGAGGGCUGAUUUUCAGCCCUAUCGACAGUUCAUUUUGUUCACCCCCCUGAGCAUGAGUUCUCUGCCUACGAGUCCCCAUAUUCACAUCCUCCGUAUGCCAGACCCUCCAAGAGACCAAAGAGCACUGACUUUCCAAAAUAGGAAUGACAGAGAUGAAGAUCAAUAAGUAUCUCUUUAUGAAUAUGGUAUUAUAUUGAGGACAAAUGUGUAAUAAUAUAUGUAAAAGUAUUGCUUCCUGAUUCUGAAAAAGAUGUUAAAUUGUUAGAUACUCUCAGGAAGAUAUUUCUGUAUUGUUAUUAAUUAUUUUUUAAAGGAUUACUGUGUGUACACAGAAGAAGAAUAAGCACAGUUUGGAUAAGGAGAAAAUUUUGAACAUUCUGUUGAUAUUUUUAGCUACCAGUUGUAGAAUUUUUUAUCUGUUGUUCUGAUUUUUCUUCUGAAAAUAUUGAAAUAUAUUUUGUAUAACUAAAUAAUAUUUUAAUAAACUGUUUGAACUGUUA